AGAUUUUUUUUUGUAUUCGAAAAAUCCAUAAAAUUAUGGGAUCAUUUCCAAAAUCGUUCCUCAUCACUGGUGCGAAUCGUGGGUUAGGUUUCGAAAUGGUGAAACAAGUUGUUGCAAAAUAUUCGCCAAAAGCUGUUUUUGCAACUUACAGAGACAUCACAAAAGCUGAGGAACUUAUUCAACUUUCACAAAUUCAUCCCUGCAUAAAACCUGUCUUGAUGGAUGUCUCAAACCUGGAAACCUUUGCUUCCGUGGUGAAACAAAUUGACGCCGAGAUGGGGAACAGUGGUUUGGAUGUCCUCAUCAAUAAUGCAGGCUUCUUCAUCAAGGAGAACCAGUCGUUGGACAGUAUAACGAAAAAUCUGGUGCUGGAAUAUCUUCAAGUCAAUACUUUCGGCCCUUUAUUCGUGACCCAGGCAUUCCUACCUCUUCUGGAGAAAGCUGGGAACAGCGAGUCCAAAAAAGCCGUCAUUUUGACCUUUUCGUCUCGACUGGGUUCCAUCGAGGACAAUCAAUCUGGAGGAUAUUAUGCAUCUCGGACUUCCAGGGCUGCUUCAAACGCAAUCACAAAAUCAAUUAGUAUUGACGUAAAAGAUAAAAACAUCCUUAUCGCUGCGAUAAAUCCGGGCUGGGUAAAGACGGACCAAGGUGGUGAAAAUGCUCCCUUAACGCCUGAGGAGAGCGUAAGUGGGAUAUUGAAUGUCUUUGAAAAUCUGACUCCGAGUCAAUCUGGGUUAUUUUUCCAAUAUAAUGGAACCAUCAUUCCGUGGUGAAGAAUAUUUUAUUACAAAUAUUGAUUUACUAUUGUUUGAAAAUAGAUAAUAUAUGUCGGUAAUAUAAUCAA